AUGCUACCGAAACCGUUUCUCUUCCCGGCUCUCCUAAUCCAUAGCAGCUAUUCCCUCCUCAAAGCCGCAGCUAUCAGCUUCCCCUCCCAACCCGGCGUCUCCGCCCUUUCAUCACCAGAAUCAAGCAACGAGACUUCAAAAAUUCCUAAUCAAUUACCCUACACCGGGACCAACCCCUACUGCAGCGCCUCAAUAAUCUGGACCGGCUUCAACACCCUCGACUCCCACUUCCAGCGAGACUGUCGCGCCGCAACUGACAAGUUCGAAAACUUCGUGGCUUCUUGCUCGAACCCGAACACUCGAUAUGAAUUUCUAGAUCCUCGCACGCAGCCGAUGCAACGCUUGCCAAAGAUGGAGACGCCGCGGAGAUAUGUUUCUCGGAUCGGUCGCUGCACCGUAGCGAUUGUGAACCUCGUUGAUUUCCCCGCCGAGUACUUGCCGACGCAGAGAUCGGGGCCUUUCCGCAAGACGGACGUGGACUCGUAUGAAGGCCUUGGUAUGGCCGUGACGGAGAUGUACACGUCCUGCCUGCCGCAUAGCCUCGGGUGGGCGGCUGUAGGUGAGGCUAGUUCGCUAGGUGUCUUUAUCUUCGCAACGGGGUCUUUAGUCGAUCAGAAGAUUGAGAAGGGUUUUCCCCCGGAGGGAGCCAUCCGCGGCGCAAUGGCUACGAACGUCGUCCUAGACACCACCAUGGGCUCCAUAACCCUCGAACUCUACAACAACCAUGCCCCCAAGACCUGCAACAACUUCUCCACCCUCGCCCAACGCGGCUACUACAACAACGUCAUCUUCCACCGCAUAAUCCCAAACUUCAUGCUGCAGACCGGCGAUCCCACCGGUACCGGGCGUGGUGGUGCUUCAAUCUAUGGCGAAAAGUUCGAAGAUGAGAUAGAUCCGGGAUUGAAGCAUACAGGGGCCGGGAUUUUGAGCAUGGCGAACAGUGGGAAGAAUACGAAUGGGAGUCAAUUCUUCAUUACUUUGGCGCCGACACCGUGGCUGGAUGGGAAGCAUACGAUUUUUGGGAGGGUAAAGAGUGGGUUGAGGGUUGUGCAGAGGAUGGGGCUUGUGAAGACGGGGCCGGAGGAUAGGCCGGUGGAUCAGGUCAAGAUUAUAAGAGCUAGGGUUGUUGAAGAGGGCGAAGAGGGUAUCUAG